AAAAGUUUCAGAAUUGAAAGUGAAAGGUGUCUGUUUAUUGUUCAGUGACUUUCUUCAGGAGCCAUUACAGAGAGCAAGGCAGGGUGUGGCUUUGUACAGAAAUGGCAGCAAACACUUCUCAUCUGGAAGAAGAGCUUUCCUGUGCUGUGUGCUGUGAGAUUUUCAAGAAUCCUGUAACUCUUCACUGUAACCACAGCUUCUGUAAAGCAUGUCUGGAUCAGUGCUGGAAAGAGAAGGAAACUCGGGAGUGUCCCGUGUGCAGGAGGAGGUCCUCACUGGACAAUUCUCCUGUGGAUUUCAGGCUCAGGAAUAUUGUGGAGUCCUUCCUUAAAGAUCACAGUCAGAAACCUCCAGCACCUCCUGGAACGCUCUGCAGUCUGCAUAGGGAAGAAAAGAAGCUGUUCUGUGUGGAUGAUAAAGAGGCCGUCUGUGUUGUGUGUCAAACUUCAAAGAAACAUAAAAAUCACAAUCUCUGCCCAGUCGAGGAAGCUGCACUGGAUUAUAAGGAGGAACUCAAGACUGCGCUGAAGCCCUUGAGGGACAAGCUGAAAACCUUUAAUAAAGUUAAAGAAGAAUGUGAUGAAAAAGCAGAGCACAUCAAGAAACAAGCCCAGCAAACAGAGAAGCAGAUAAAAGAGGAGUUUGAGAAACUUCACCAGUUUCUACGAGAUGAAGAAAAGGCCAGGAUAGCUGCACUGAGGAGGGAAGAGGAACAAAAGAGAAGAAUCAUGACAGAGAAGAUUAAAAAUAUUACAAGAGAAAUCUCAUCCCUUUCAGACACAAUCCGAGUCAUAGAACAGGAGCUGGAAGCUGAAGACAUCGUCUUCCUGCAGAAGUACAACGACACAAAGAGAAGAGCCGAGUGCACACUGCAGGAUCCACAGUGUGUUUCAGGAGUGCUGAUAGAUGUAGCCGAGCACCUGGGCUCUCUGAAGUACAAAGUGUGGGAGAAGAUGCUGGGGAUUGUUCAAUACACUCCAGUGACUCUGGAUCCCAACACAGCACACCCUGCUCUGAUACUGUCUGAGGAUCUAACAAGUGUGAGAUACAGCAAGGAGAGACAGCAGCUUCCUGACAACCCAGAGCGGUUUGAUUCCUGUGUCUGUGUGCUGGGCUCUGAGGGAUUCACUUCAGGGAAACACUGCUGGGAUGUUGAAGUUGGAAACAAAACUGACUGGGAUCUGGGUGUGACAAAAGAGUCCAACCAGAGGAAAGGGAAAAUGACUCUGAAUCCAGGAAAAGGAUACUGGAGUCUAGCCCUGAGGGAUGGGGAUCAGUACUGGGCAUUGACCUCACCACAGACACGACUCACUGUGGAGAAGAAACCCCAGAAGAUCAGAGUUCAGCUGGACUGUGAUGGGGGGGAGGUGGCAUUCUUUGACUCCAGUGAUAUGAGACCUCUCUACACUUUUAAACACAGAUUUACUGACAGGAUGUUUCCAUAUUUCUCUCCUUGCUUAAAUAAAGAUUGGAAAAACUCAGCCCCCCUCAGAGUGUGCCCUGUGAAGACAGUUAUAAAAGUGGACUAGCCCAAUGUGUUCAGGAUGAAGGACAGGGCUGUAUAAUAAUAAUAAUAAUAAUAAUAAUAAUAAUAAUAAUAAUGAAUUGAAAAGAAA